UACCUGGAAAAUACACCUGAAGCGUUGGCCUAUUAACUGCCCGGCCGGCGUGAUUAAUAAGUGACGUUUCAUAGUUUUGUCCUGCCAUAAAUAAUCGCUUAUUUUCUAUUGUAAUAUCAUUAUAUACAUAUAUGCGCCGAAGGUUAAAUUUACCAAUAAUAUAUCGCUUUACUUCUGUGAAAAAUAGCCAUCAUUAAUCAUCCACUUUGACUUUAGAAUAACAUGUCAUUAGCAGCAUCAUAAAUGAUAUUCCUAGCAAGCAACAGACACUCGCGAUAUAAGAUUAACUCGCAUAAGGUUGUUUGUUAUAUACGUUAGAAAUUGGAGAUUCGGUUCCAGGAAAAAACUGCCAAACUUGCCAACUAUAUACGUGCCGGGUGAUGUAACUGUCAAAAUAUGAAACAAAUUCAAUAACGGGAUAGUUACGUUUGACUUGAUGCAGAUCUAAAACCGAGCUAUGUAUGCAGCAAGGCAAGGAUUCGAUGCGGCCAUUAUACUGUUUACGGUGUGUCUUUUCGCCCUGUGCCUAAAUUAGGAAAAACCAUAUAUGCGUUCCUGAGGUUAUUCAAGUACUGUGUUUUUUCUGAACCUUUUAUGAAGCAAUUAUUCAUAAUUUGUUGUUUUACUUAAUGACUUAUCGUUCAAAGUAAAGAUAACAACGUAUUCUCAGUAAUACACAUCCAACGCUGCGGAGAUUUUUUACUUAUAUAUACAUACAUACCUACACACUGCCUUUUUCCUACACACAGCGACAACCUGGGCCACCUAUCGUAGUGUAGUCCCGGCAACGUGUCUCAGGACGAUCGGGACAAGGGGCGGCGACGUUAAAAAUAUAAUUGUCCCGGCAAAGUUUUCUACAUUGUUUAUAUCAGAUAGUUGGAUUACAUUACGGAACGAUAGUAAUUGACAGAAAAUAUCAUAUAUAUAAGUUUGUGAUAUGUGUCUAGAAUAGGAUUUUGGAGUGAAUUGUUGUAUGCGUAGUAGAGAUUGUGUAAGUUAAGCACGCAUACAUCACAAUGUGGAACGUCCGCCAGCACCUCAUCGACCUCGGAUUGAUUUUCAUCUUUAAUCUGGGAAUCGUACAACCAGUCUUGUCUGCAGACAUCAUUCAUGUGCGACUGCAGGGUGGGGAUGGAACAACGACUGGGCGUGUUGAAGUGUCUCGCAAUGGCACUGACUGGGGAACAGUUUGUGAUGACUUAUGGUCGGACCAGGAUGCACAGGUUGUGUGUCGACAGCUUGGACACCAGUGGGGAACAUCGCAUUCCAAUUCCCCGUUCGGAGAGGGCACAGGUGCUAUCUAUCUUGACAAUGUGCAGUGUACAGGUUCGGAGAGAACACUUGACGGCUGUCAGCACAAUGGCUGGGGCAUUAACAACUGUCGGCACUACGAGGAUGCUGGGGUCUCCUGUUACGACAAGUCAGUGAGGUUACAGUCACGUGGGCGCACUGAUGUUGGGACAGUGGAGGUGCGUCUAGACGACGGAUGGGUUCAGGUGUGUGAUGAAGAAUGGGGAUAUCCCGAUGCUAAAGUUCUGUGUAAACAACUGGGAUACAAAGAUGCCAUGUACCUUCGUGGUUCCAAGCUCGGCAAGAUGUCCACAGACUCCUUAGCAAACAAGGCCUUGACCCGAUUCAAAUGUGCGGGUAAUGAAAAAGAACUCAUCAACUGCACACACAACACGAUCGCAAGCAAAUGCGGCACCAUGAACAGAGCAUCGGCCAUAUGUUAUAACAAAUCCAAAAGUGAUGUUGAUAUGUCUUUUCAUGUAGAUCUAUUGAAUGGUUCUCGGCACUGGGGAGAAGUAAACGUCCGUAAGCAUGGUAUUUGGGGUCAAGUUUGCUCCACUGGGACCGAAUGGAACGAUCUGGCGGCAAGGGUUGUGUGUAUAGAGCGAGGAUUUACUGAUGGAAAGGCCUAUGGAACUGUCAAUGAGACUCUUCGUCCAAUUUGGAUAACACAGCUGAACUGCAGUGGGAAAGAAUCUAGUCUGGAAUCUUGUGUGAGCGUGUCAGACUCCUGGGGUCGUCCAGUGCAUUCGUGUCGUGCUGCUUAUGCCCUAUGUUUUAACAAAAGUGUGACGGUCAGUUUGGCUGGAGGUGGAAGCUACUUCGGACGUGUACAGGUCACAUACGACGGUGUUACUGGAAGCGUCUGCGAUAAAUCCUGGUCGUCUAGUGAUGCCAGGGUGUUGUGCAAGUCCAUGAAAGGAUUUGCUGAUGGAGAACCAAUAUCUGAUUCCUACUACGGGAAAGGCACAGGUCCAAUCAUGAUGAGUGGUCUGGGGUGUUACGGACAAGAAAAAUCCAUUCUUCAGUGUAGGAAUCAUGGCUGGAUGGUGUAUAACAACAGUGAUUGCUCGGACCAUUCUCGCGACGCCUCCGUCAUCUGUUAUAAAAAUGUGAGGCUGUCACGAGGGGACCAUUCAUACGGAGUGGUCAAAGUAAUGGACCAGUUCUGGUCAGUCUUGUGUGGAGAGGGAUUCGACACCAAGGACGCAAUGGUCAUCUGUACGCAAUUAGGCUUUACCAAUGGACGGGCCCUUCCACCAGGAUCGUUUGGUACAUUUUACGGCCGCUACACCUGGCCGAACCUGAACUGCACAGGAAAUGAGACCAAGAUAGAAGAUUGCGGGUACGACAGGUUCCGAGGAUGUCAGAGAGAUAACUACUUAGGCUACGCUGCUGUUUCCUGUUAUAACGGAUCUCUCAGUAUAUCCAGUGAAAUGCGUCUAGAGAACAGUUCUGGAAUCUCUCCAUCGCAAUCGGGCCGUGUGGGUAUCAAACAAUUCGGCAUCUGGGGGCGUAUCUGUCCCAGCUCAUGGGACGACAAGGAUGCUGACGUUGUCUGUCGUUCGCUCAAGUUCAGAGGUGGAGUGGCCUUCCAGGAGACGCCAUCAGGGAGCGGACCCUUCUUCAUGGGACAAGUAAACUGUCUCGGCAAUGAGUCAUCUUUGUUUAACUGUUCUGUGGGAGGAGAUGAAUGUGACUCUCAGUACUCCGGAGCGGCAGGUGUGCUGUGUUACAAAAAUACAGCUCCUAAGUUGCACUUGGUUGGUGGCCUAGACAACUUCGGUCGGUUAGAGAUUGUGAUGGACGAUCAGCGUGGAUCCAUUUGUGACAUCGGUUGGUCAAGAUAUGAUGCGACGGUGGCCUGCAAACAACUAGGCUUCAGGGACGGCGAGUACAGAAGAGGUUUAGCUGGACCCCCAAUGCCAAAGUUUCUGACAUCCAUGAACUGUUUUGGUGCUGAGAAGAGUAUCUUCAUGUGUAAGAACCCAGGCUGGAAGCGAGGAAUUGAAUCACGUUGUAAUAAUCCAAACCACAAUGCUGGUGUUUUCUGUUACAACAACGUGAGGAUCAGCAAUGGUGAGAGUCAGGACCACGCUACCACUGGACGGGUGGAGAUGUACAACAACGGUAAAUGGGUCACCGUGUGUGCUGACCAAUUCGACCAGAGUGAUGCCAGUGUUGUGUGUCAAGAGCUUGGCUUCCCCUACAGUAAACCGCUGAUGCCUGGCGCCUUUGGAUCCAAGUACUAUCUUGACUCGAUCCUCCAGCUCAACUGUACAGGCGAAGAACAGACCAUUUCCAAGUGUCAGUUCACGGAGGGCACAUGUCCAAAAAGGUCCUACAACUACGCCAGCGUCCUUUGUUCAAAAAAUCCUGUUGAAAAUAACGAGGUUAAGGUUAUCCCUGCUGGGGACUUCCCCGCCACAGUUUUAGUAGAAAAGCAUGGCAUCAAUGGAACCAUCUGUGCUGACGGCUGGACGGAAAAGGAUGCGAUGGUGGUUUGUCGACAGAUGGGAUAUCAGGGUGGAGCCAUGUUUGGUUCAAGGUACUACAGCUCUCGUACUCCAAUCUGGAUGUCCAAUGUCAACUGUCUCGGCAAUGAAACCAACAUUAAUCAAUGCCCAUACAACGAGACUGCUGCUCAAACUUCAUGCCGAUCUAAUCGUCUGGCAGCUCGAGUAUUUUGCUACAGGAGUUCUGGGUUUCAGAUACGUCUAGGAGGCUCAGACAACCAGUACAGUGGUCGCGUGGAGAUGGCCUACAAUGGAGAAUGGGGUACGAUUUGCGACUCAUUUUGGAAUAACGACAACGCCAAGGUAGUGUGUCGCCAACUUGGCUUUGUGGACGGUGUGGCUAUGUCAGCCGGAACAUUUCCUCCUGGAACUGGGCGAUCCUGGCUGUACUAUGUGCACUGUACUGGAGAUGAGAAGGCCGUCUGGGGUUGUGGAAGUACGGGAUGGAACGUCACACACACAUCAUGCCGCACACACAGAUAUGACGCCAGCGUCUACUGUACAGGAAAAGUACGACUAGAACCAAACAUCACCUUCGGUGCCGUAGAGGUUUGGCAGGAUAACGAGUAUGUGUUGGUGUGCGCCGACGAUUUUGACGAUGUUGACGCCCAAGUUGCCUGUCGAAUGCUCGGAUAUCGGAACGGCAUCAGUAUCUGCUGCUCAGUGUUUGGAAACAUGAGCAAAUACAAGAUCGCCAUCAACAACGUCAAAUGUGUUGGAGAAGAGAGGUCCAUCCUAUCGUGUAAACACGAUUACCGAAUGGACGUAUGUCCGAGCGGGAAGUAUGCCUCUGUUGCCUGCUCCAAUACUGCAUCUAGUGGAGAAUAUGACCUGCGUCUGACCGAUGGUGUCAUGGGCGCAGUAGAGGUCCGCCAUCUUGACGUUUGGGGGACGAUAUGUCCAGAAGGAUUUGACGACCGUGAUGCGAAGGUUUUGUGUCGUGAAAUGAACUAUCGGGAUGGUUUCUCCUACUACAGACAUGAGUUUAAUUCGGGGCCCAGGAAGAGCCUGCCUUGGCUUUCCAAUCUGAACUGUUCCAGCUCGGAGGGAUAUCUCGCCCGGUGUGGAAAUCUCCGCUGGGGAGAUGUACGCAACUGUUCUCUCAAUACCAAAGCUGCAGUGUACUGUACUUCAGAUUCAAGUGUGCCUAUUCGCCUGGUGAAUGGCUCCAACAGUCUGUCUGGGCGUGUAGAGAUUUCAAUCAAUGGUGAAUGGGGUUCAAUUUGCGGAGCUUCCUAUUGGGACGACAAGGACGCUUCAGUCUUGUGCCGCAUGCUGAAUCACUCAAGUGGCCGUGCCCUGAACUAUGGUCACUAUGGCAGUGGAUCGGGGCCAAUUUGGAUCGGUCACAUGAGGUGUAAAGGGGAUGAGGACUCCAUAUUCCACUGUCCGAUGAACUUCAAUAGCCGCUACACUCGGGGAGAUAACUCUGAGCAUUUUUAUCGCCGGUCACUGGUCAGUCGAUCACUAGUCAUCAGACAGUUUGGCUGUACAACGCAUCACACAGAUGCAGGCAUCCAGUGUUACGAUACAGUUCGACUUGUGGAUUCUCACGAUGUCUUCUAUGGACGUCUAGAACUCUACGCCAAUAAAUCUUUCCGCAGUGUGUGUGAUGACGGAUUCACGGACGUGCCCGCCACCAUUGUGUGCCGACAGUUGGGAUAUAAAUAUGGUCGCAAGCAGUGCUGCUCUGCUCUGGGACCAAUCUCUGCCUCAAAUAUAACGGUCAGUAAUGUCCGUUGUAUGGGCCAUGAGUCCAAACUGGACGACUGUGACUACAACGUAACCGAAUGUCGAUCUAAGAACUACGUGUCUGUGUACUGCUCAGCGAAGCCCAUACUCCCAGCUACAGCUAUGCAGAUUAGAAUCGAUGGUGAUAAAUAUUAUGGGUCGCUGGAAGCGAACCUGUAUGGCUUCUGGGGGCCGAUUUGCCGUGAAGACUGGGAUGAUAAGGAUGCAAACGUCACAUGUAAUCAGCUAGGGUUUUCUGGGGGCAUGUCUUACCGCGGCACCACCAUCCUGAAGACCCCUGUGGCUGUGGGACGUUUCAACUGUACAGGCAAUGAGGAAAGACUAGACCACUGCCAGUACAAACUUCUUGGCGAUGAUUUAGGAUGCUCGUCUAAAAUUCUAUUCUACAGAGAAACUGCAGGAGUUCUGUGUUAUAGUAAUAAUGAGGGCGUGUCUUUCCGUAUCAAGGGUGGGAAGAACCGUGGCUCAGUGGAGGUAAAAUACAAUGGUGAAUGGGGGCGUGUCUGUGGGCGGGGCUGGAGCGACAGUGAUGCUGCCGUCUUCUGUAAACAAAUGAAAUUUGUUGAUGGCAAGGUUGGAAAAAGCAAGACGGAAAAAGGAGAGGGUCAUGUUUGGAUGGAUUAUGUGAGCUGUAACGGAAACGAAAAGUCACUGCUGGAGUGUAAAGUAAACUGGGACCCUGACUAUGCGUCCUGUUACGAUGCCACUGUCCUUUGUACAGAUUCAGUUCGGUUGGAGAAAGGAGACAUGAUCAGCCAUGGCAUCGUACAAGUUUACGACGAUAACAUAGACAAGUGGGGCGUGGUUUGUAAUCACGAUUGGGACAGGCCAGCCAACCUCCGUGUCAUCUGCCAACAGCUAGGAUUUGAGAAUGGACUGUCAAUCUGUUGUGGAGCAUAUGGUUACCUCUACUCACAGAGUCUGGCGGAGAAAAUGCAAUGUAUUGGAAACGAAACAAAACUCCAGGAUUGUAUAUCUCAUAAUCCGUUUGGAUCAUGCUCAGUCGACUAUGCUGCUGUUGCUUGUUAUAAUGGCUCCUUAUUAUCUAAUUACAGUCUGGGAAUUAGAGGUGCCAGUAAGCCAGGUUCUAGUACUUCCGGCUCUGUGGAGUUAAAGUUCCUCAACAUCAGCGGCCGUAUAUGUGCGGACGACUGGGACAAUAAUGAUGCCACCGUGGUGUGUAGAGAAAUGGGAUACAGCAAAGGAAUAGCCUACCAACACAAGGUUCUGUUUGGUAAGGGCAACCCCAUCUGGGCCUCAUCCGUCAGCUGUAAUGGGUCCGAGUACUUGCUCAAAGACUGUGCCAACUUCACCCUGGGCCAAGUUAAGCAAUGUAACUCUAGGAAAGAAGCUGGAAUUCUCUGCUACUCCAAUCGAGGUGUAAAUUUCCGUAUCAAUGGUUCAAGGGCUGCAGGCCGUGUGGAGAUCUCUGUUGACGGAGAGUGGGGAACAAUGUGUGAUCGAUACUGGGACAAAGCUGAUGCCUCUGCGUUCUGUCGCUAUUUUGGAUUCGCUGCUGGAUUUCCAUACAAUACUGACAAGUACCGUAUAACGACGGGCAAAGUGUAUGAACCAGACAUGCACUGUAACGGAAAUGAGAAGUCGCCUCUAGAGUGCGCUCACGAGGGCUGGAAAGUGGCGGACUCGGGCAGUUGUUGGUCACAUGACAAGGACGCAGUAGUACAUUGUUACAAUACAGUAAAGCUAGACUCAGGUGUUGGCACUGAUGUCAAGGAUGGUCCUGUUCUUUAUUUCUUCAACAAUACAUGGAACUUCAUUUGUGACAAGGGUUUCACUGAUAUCUCAGCACGCAAGGUCUGCCUGGAGCUUGGAUUUGUAGAUGGACGUGCUGUCUGCUGUUCAGCCUACAGCUCUGGAUUCCAAGAGGUCCUGAACAAUUACUCGCUGUCCUGUAAGGGAGACGAGGCCUCGAUAGAAGACUGUCUCGUACCGUCCUCAUGUGGCAAAUAUGACACGUAUGCCUCCGUCAUAUGUCUCAAUCAGACAGAUUAUAACAACAAGACUAUCAAGAACGGAGAUAUGAAAAUCUCCCUCGCCAAAACAGAGAAAGGAGCUGUUCACCGAGGACAAAUCGCAGUUCAACAGUACGGGAGAGAAGGUCGCAUCAUGGCCUCUCUGUGGGACGAUAAAGAGGCCCGAGUUUUCUGCCGUUCUGCUGGCUUCAAAUAUGGAUUUGCUCACCCGUACACAAAAAGUCGAUUUGAGAAGGUGUCGCCUUUCUUCCUAAGUAGUUUCAACUGUACUGGCAAUGAAAAAUCCCUGUUAGAUUGCCCGUAUGAAAGUCGUCUUUCCAUGGCCAAUGGGACAAAAGAACACAUGGCCGCUGUGGUCUGUUACGACGACACUGGCAUAAAAUACAGAAUUGUUGGACCAAAACCAGGACAGGGCCGUGUGGAGAUGGCCUUUAAUGGCUUAUGGGGGACAGUGUGCGAUGCCUCAUGGGAUGGCCGCGAGGCUGCAGUAUUCUGUCGUGCGAUGAACUUCUCGGACGGUUAUGCAGUUGGUAACGCCCAUUAUGGGAUGGGAGAGGGACCUAUCUGGAUCAGCCACCUGCGGUGUGACGGCAGCGAGGACAAUUUACAUACCUGUCCCCAUCAGGGCUUCAGUGAAGACGUAGUUACCACCACCUCAGACUGGAAAACCUGCAGCUCACACAAAGAUGAUGCCUCCGUGUUCUGUGUAGAUAAACUUCGACUGAAUCUAGGACUGAACGCUACUAUGGGUGCAGUUCAGAUAUACAAGAACAAGAAAUGGCUCCUUGUUUGUGAUGAUACAUUUGACAAAGAUGAUGCUCAGGUUGUGUGUAGAACCCUAGGAUUCCGGGACGGAGUUUCUGUACCAGGAUCGUCAUUUGGAAAUGUAACCGAUCCGAUCGGUAUUUCAAACGUGAACUGUCGGGGUCGGGAAGGCAGUUUCUUUGACUGUAGUUUCAUACCAACCAAACGCUGUCAGAAGAAAACGUACGCAUCUGUAUACUGUAGUAACCAGUCUAUAGUAAACACAGAUUUUGAAGUGAAGAUAUCCUCUGACCACCAACACAGUAAACAGCAUGGAGAGAUUCUGGUUAAGCUAGACGGAAUCUGGGGCAGUGUUUGUCUGAAAGACUUUGACGAGGGCGAAGCCAACAUGGUUUGUCGAAAGUUAGGCUACAAAGGAGGUAAACCUUACCUAGCCAAGGCCGGGAAAACACAGUACCCAAUACUGAUGAGUAAACUGAGGUGCAAUGGUAACGAGGCCAACCUGGAUAAGUGUGACUUUGUGAGGAUGGGACAGAAGCAGAGCUGUGCCUACGACAGUAACAAAGCUGGGGUGCUCUGUUACAAGACGGAGACAGGCAUCCAGUACCGUCUGCAGGGUGGAAAGGACGCUAGUCAAGGCCGAGUUGAGAUACAGUACAACGGCGAAUGGGGCGGUGUGUGCAACUUCCUGUGGGACACUCACGAUGCCAAUGUCCUGUGUCGUAGUAUGUCUUAUCGCAGUGGCAUAGAAGUGGCCGGUGGGCGUUACGGCCGCAGUGACGGACCCGUCUGGUUCACACGUGUGUCCUGUUCCGGCAAAGAGGACAAUCUUUUCACAUGCAGCCACUCAGGAUUCAACGUUUCAGGAAAGUCUGAGAGCACCUAUGAACGUCUCUGUCGACGUAGGUCACAUGACGCUGCAGCCCAGUGCUACAACAAGGACGUUGAUGUGACAGGAAUCCGAUUGGCUGAUGGGGGAGACAACUAUGGACGUGUAGAAGUGUACCUGACCGGACCGGAACAGUGGGGCACAGUGUGUGACGAUUACUUCGAUGACAAGGAUGCUACCGUCAUAUGUCGUCAACUUGGAUUCGGUCAAGGAUAUGCCAAGAAAAUGGCCAACUUUGGUCGUGGAGAUGGACCCAUUUGGAUGGACAACCUCGGCUGCUUUGGAAAUGAAUCUAAAAUUACAGACUGCAAACAUAAUGGAUUUAAUGUUGAGAACUGCAACCAUGCUGAGGACGCCAGUGUCAUCUGUAACGGUUCUUUGACCAGUACUAAGCCGCUAGUUUCUGUGCUAUCCUCCGACGAGAACCUAGCUUUAGCAGUGACAAUACCUAUAAUAGUUUUACUACUUCUGUUUGUGGCGGGCCUGGGCUUCUUCUUUUACAGACAAGUCCAGCCUCGCGGAGAAAUCAAGAAAGUUCUUGUAGACAAUGAAACAAUGGAGCCUGGAUCUCAGGCUGCGGCAAGUUCAUCAGCAUCAGCAUCGGGUGAAGGUCAUGUGACAUUUUCAAAGCUAAAAGCCCGGUUUACAAAAGCGAAGCCAUCAAUACAAAAUGGCAGCAAGGAGACUAGUGCGACACCCGUCAAGGGUAUGAGUAAUCCAAAUUACGAUAACAUGCCAGAUUAUGCAAACAUGGGUGACAUUUCUAUAGAUCACCAAGGAGGAGGCGAGUCAGUUAUGUAGCUAUGUAGCUAUGGACAACAGAAUUCUUUUAUACGUGUAUGUUACAUAUCCUUAGCCCACACAACGUCCAGUAGAUACCCCGGUCAAGGAUGGCCUGCGGUCAAUGAUCAGCGAUGAUCUGUGAUCAAGGUUCCUGCAAUGGUCAUCAGUCAGGGGUCAGUGACGGUCAAAACUAGGCUCAGACCAAAGCUGCCUUUAUAACGACAAGCUAUCGCUAUGCUUGUUUAAAUACACUGAAGGAGUGAUUAGAACUAUAUUCUAUUUUUAUAUCGUAACAGAAAGAUUUAUUUUCAUCGAUUUGAUAGUUUGAAAUAUUCAUUUCAAACAUUGCUUGUAUAUUGUGUCAGUUUGCAAGGCCAAAAACAUAUUUUCUGUCAAAACUGUGAAAGUGGAAAUUUUCAUGUGUUGAGGUACUUCAUUAAAGAUAAAAAGAUAUAGUAUUUGGUCCUGCCUUGGAUGAAGGGCCAUCAAGUUUGUUCAAACAAGUUAACUUUGUCCUGAUUUUCUACUAAUACCUGUUCAAGUUUCCAGAUGAAAGAUAAACAGGCUUUUGGUUAAGAAACUUAAGCAAUAUUGUAACGUGUCUCAUAAUUCUACAUCAAAUGAGGAGAGUUUUCUACAUAUCCUUUUUCCUCUGCCUCAAAAUAUCUUUAGUAUGGGUAUGUAGGGAAAGGGAUGGGCUGGGCAGUGCAAGGGGGGAGGGGGUAAAUAUACUUUUCAAUGUAUUGAUUACACGUUGUGAGUGGUACAUUGUAUUGUAAAUCACACGAGAUUUCUACUUUCACAGUAAUGUUGACUGAUCUGGUUGUGUUACACACAGAAUGAAAGAUGAGUGCUGGAUGUUUAGGAAUGAAUGUUGAUCAUUAGGAUUAAAUGUACAUAGGCUGUGGAAGACAAUUAUAAAGAGCUUUAUAUAUACUACUGUGAUACUGUUGGAAGUUCAGGUUGUAUGAUCCAGCCGUAAACUAGCAUGUUUAAUUCUGUUCCGUUCUAUUUCGUCAUUUUAUUGUAGCAUCCCAUCUUUAUCCUGGUAACAAAACUUACAUUAUUCCUGUCUUGUACGAAUUAAAUACAAGUAAUAUGGAGUAACAUAAAAUGUUCUUAGCUUGAAGCGUAUUUGAUGUGCCUUUUGAACUGUCUGUGAUUCUGCAUGCUGAAGUAGUGCCUACCCAGAUACUGUGAUUGUAUCAGUACUAUGCCGAUUUUUUAAUUGCUAAUUAAUUUCUUAUGUAUCUUUAAUUCAAAGAGUAGCUUUAAGGCUUGCAUAAAUUCAAUGACUCUUCAAACUUAUAAUUUCCAUUGAUUAACCUUCAAAUCUGCAUAGAUUUAGUUAAGCCUUUAAAUUUGCUUAUAUGCAUACAUAUAAUGUGAUAUUUGCAGACUUCGUCAGAGCUUUUGAUGUUCUUAUUCGGACAAAAAAUAAUUCUGUUUUUCGUUUUGAGUAAUGGACAUCACAGAUUGAUUAUGAAAAACAACUCAGUGGCUUCAGGGUAAAAUAUUUACUUUAACCUGCUUCCGUAACUAAAUCAAACUAUGCACAACUGUUUUACUGUUUUACCUGGGUACAGAUUCUUUUGUACAUGUACCUCUCUUCUGAGUUCUGGGGAAGUAAGUAUGUGUGUAGCGGUUUGAAGCACAGAGAAUGACUGUAAAGCAAGCUGUGAAACAAGGAGAAUAUUUGUGUGUAUGUACAUUAUACAAAUGAAGUCAGUCGCAAAUUCAAAUGUUUUGCAAUAAAAACAUUUACGCCAAAACUGUCUAAGCUAAUGCAUAUCUGUUGUAAUGGUUCAUUUAAAGGUACUCCUGAAUUAGUAGAUUAUAUCGCAACCGCAAAAUUAAAUAUGUAACACUUCAGAAUACAUCAUUAACUCAUACACCCCUGAAGAUGCAUUUGAACUUUUCCAAUUCAAAGGUUGGAAUAGUUUAUUAUGAAAUUUCAGGGGUAAAUGAGUUAAAAGUUCAUAUGCAUGUGAAACCAAGACAAGUUCUUCCAAAAUGAAUGUAAAUGGGUCAUUUAUUUGAAGAAAACGAAUAUACAAACUAUGACCUUGGACUUUGGUUACAGAAAUAUAACAUUGAUUGAUCAUUAUUAAUACUUAUGAUAUAGAGUAGCAUUAGGCUGGAUAAGA